AUGCUCAACUCAGAGCAGACAGAGCUCGACCUCCCACCCGCUCACUCCGAGCCCGAAUCCGUCUUCAGCGACUGCGGCCGCGUGGGCAGCGCAGAGGAGUCCGGCGUCGCGUUGUGCCCGCAGCCCCGCGGGGCUGAGCAGGGGGAGGCGGUGAAGAAGGACCUGCAGCACCUGAGCAGGGAGGAACGGCGACGGCGGCGACGAGCCACGGCCAAAUACCGAACGGCCCACGCCACGAGGGAGCGCAUCCGCGUGGAAGCCUUCAACAUGGCCUUCGCCGAGCUGCGCAAGCUGCUGCCCACGCUGCCGCCCGACAAGAAGCUCUCCAAGAUCGAGAUCCUCCGCCUGGCCAUCUGCUACAUCUCCUACCUGAACCACGUGUUGGAUGUCUGA